AUGAGGCCCAAACCGGCGGUCCUAGGGUUUUUUAGGUCGAUUCCGUAUUCUUUCGCUCAAUCUUUUUGGCCGGAGUCGUUUGGAAUCGCUUCGUUCUUUAAGGAUUUCUUGAGUUAUGUGAAUAAAGCUAGUGAGUUGUCCUCAGAUUUUGCCAUGGACGUUGCGGAGUAUAUGGGAGAGAUUGUGAUGUCGGCGAUUAACAAUGUCAGUGGAGAUUUGGGGCUUUCAAGGGUUUGCUUGAAUGCUCUGUCGCAGAAGCUGUGCUGCUGCUGCUCAUGGGGAGAAGUCUGGGGGCUCGUAAAGAACUUUCGAAUGUACUCGCUAAUAAUAAAUUGGAUAGCUUUGCACUGUUACCAUAUAUCCAUCUCCCAGGGUUGAUGUAGACCAAUGAGUUUUGGAAGUCUCUGAAGGGGUAGACAAUCUUUUUCAAUAUUAAAGUUUUUCUUCCUGUUCUUUUGGUUGUUAUUUUGAUACAGGGAUUCGUUUUCACUGCUUUCCUACGUCAAUUACCUAAGUGGAGAGUUAUCGUAAGGUUGUAUUCACUAUUAUGCCUUCACUUUUUAUCUUAAUCCCUCAUUCAUGUAUUCACUAUUAGAUUGUUUGCUUCCUGCUAAUAUUGGUAAUUUUGGAAAAUACAUGUUGGUGUGGGAUUUAAAGGUCAUGCCAUGAGGGAUGAGGUGCAUAAGCUGAUUUUUUAUGGACUGCAAAGUAGAUUACUGUCUAUAUUCCAGGACCUUCUAUCCUUUAGCUAUCCAAACGCAUGGUAAGUUCAAGGCUAUGAUGCAAACGCAUGGUAAGUUCUAGGCUAUGAUGCAAAGUUCAGUGGGAUCUUGUCUGCUUCAUACUUUCACUCGUAGGAGCAUGCAAUUUGUUAUGUGGAUGUGGGAUGUUAAGAGUGUAAUUAUAUUUAUUUAUCAUUAAGGGUAGUCUAGUCUUUUCGUUAUUGUAGGUUCCUUUUAUAUUGUCCCUUGUACUCACUUUUCAUUAUUAUGAAUACUAGUGUGCUGCAUUUAGUUUUUCUCUUCUUUUAUCCUUUCUUUGUGUGAUAGAAGAAGAAAAAAAUCAUAUGCGGCAUUGCCAAUGGCAAUUGGCUCUGAGAGCGCAAGCAUUGUGUAUUUAAAAAUGCAGUAUUAAUUCACCUUUAUAUCCCAAAAGAAAAACCAUCAUAAUCAUACUUGAGUCUUUGAGAGGCCAACCCAUAAAUUUUGCCUUGUUGCCUAGUGCAAUGUGCAUUGGGGGGGGGGGGGG